AUGACCAUCCAGCGUAAUCAACAGCUCAACGACAAACAAAUAGCUCAACCCGGCCGCCAUGAGCAAGAGCUGUCCAAGCCUCAUAAGAAUCUCCACCUGAGUGUCCUGAGCGACUGGCAACUGAGCAGGCUUUACUUGCUGAAGAAUGGUAUGACCCAUGCAUCCAACAUGCAAGUCCCCGGAACAUCAAAUCGUGAGCCAGCCAUAGGCACCUCCACUGCAGCAACAACUGGCCAGAGCCUGUAUGAAAUUGCGGGCGUGCUCAAGAGACAUAGCAAAGUUCAAGGGCGGAAAAGCGCGAUAACCGAUCCAGACCCAGCCAACAACCCUUACCCCAUCCCGGAGGCAACUUAUCCUUCUGUCCUCACCACGAGCCUUGUCCAGCCCCCGAUAAUGGAAGAGCAGCACUUCCGAAAUCCACGACGCCAAGUUACAUGGGAAGACGCUCGGAGAUGGGAAAUCGAUCCAGAGCUGGAUCUAAGUCAAUGGAAUCCUGACAAAGAUCCAAUCACCAAUUUCGGUGCCGCAUACGACGCUUCCUCAUUUGGCAAAUGGGCUCGUCGUUUCGUUGUUGGUAAUUACGGGCCCAGGAGUUCCAUUUCCAAAGCGGCUCAGAUGCUUGAGGAUUGCCUUUACGAUUUGUAUCUCCAUCUCCCAAUGGCUCGGCAAAUGUUGGCUGAGAACCGGGGCCGGGACAUGAGAAAAGUCUUGAAAAGAAUGGUCGAGAGGGGCGAGGAUCUUGUGGGAAUGAUCCAGGAUGAUUGUGAAAUAUGUGAACUUGAUCUUAAUGACAGCCCUAGAGUCAAAGACUUGCGCCAAAAAUAUAUGAUUCUGGCGGAAUGGAUUCUCGGCAAGCAUAGUGGCAAGGAUAGACAACGAUUUUUGGACAAGUUCACGAAGAGGGUUGAAGAGUGGGGAGAUGAUUUCAGAAAGCUGCGACACGAAAAGGAACUUAAGGCCCGGCGUGAGCGGCCAGCCCAGCACACCCGAGUCCUGCACCUCCCAAGUGCGCAGAGAUGGACCGAUGCUAACCUCAACAAUUUCCAGGACGCAAACAUCGCCCUCAUGCCCUUCCCCUGGAAAGCACUAAGGACGGGGCAGACAGACUCAAUCGUUGUCACAGGCCACUGGGACUCAAACCCGCCAGCAUUCCCCAUCAAUGGGUCCCAAGUCGACUGCAAAUCGAUAGGACAACUUCGCCUUGCCCAUGCCGGCGCCAUCCACAGAGUGCGCGGCGGAUUGCUCGGACACGGCCAGGCUGCGAAGCUUCAGGCGUCGAGGGAAUCCCUCGACAAGGUGGGCCUUGAUGCCACUGCCCUGUUCAUGCGAGAUUUAUUCGGCGGCGAUAGCGAACUGAAGGUGUCUCUGCAACAAAUGAGCGAUUUGAACGAUAGAUUUGCUGGUAAUUACCAGCUCGCACUCCUGAAGGGGCCGAGAGAGGAUAGGAAUAGCUCAUAUUGA